UCUAGAGUGCCGAAAAUAUUACGGGCAAAAGUAAACAAAUCGUCGGGAAAAGGACUUUGCUGCGGAAAAAACAGGAAAAAUGCUGCCAGAAACGCUCGUUUUUAUAAUUUCCAUGAUAAUUACCGGAAGUUUGUUGUUCCUGCUCGUCUAUUUCGUAAUUAUUCUCUCAGACCUCGAAUGCGAUUACUUAAAUGCUCAAACAUGUUGUUCCAAGUUGAAUUUUUGGGUGAUACCGAAAUUAGCGUCCCACACUUUUCUCGCUUUUAUACUUUUGAUUCAUCAGUACUAUGGACUCUUUUUACUCAACGUACCUGGCGUGGCGUGGCUUAUUUAUGAAAAAGUCAAGAUCCCGUCGGGGAAUUUGGGAGUUUAUGAUCCCGCCGAAAUUCAUAAUCGAGGCAUGAUUCGGAAACAUUUGAGGGAUUGCAUGAUUUAUCUUGGGUUUUAUUUGCUCAUUUUCUUCGUUUAUUUGUAUUACAUGAUCAUCGCUUUGCUCAAAGGAGAUCCAAUUAGACGUCACGAAGAAGGAGAAAUAAUCUCAGAAUUUUAAAUGAACAAAUUUUUUUUAAAUAUUUGGAGGCCAAAGAUCUUGACAUUUAUUAUUUCAGCAGUUAAUUGACGAUAGGAUAGUUUACACAGAAGAUUUUUUUAAGGGUUGUGUGUUAGGUUGCUUUAAAUGAAACUCAAUAAUAAUUAAAAAAAUUAAAAAAAUAUAUUUUAAAAAAAUUAAAAAUUUUUUAAAAUUUCAGGUAAUUCUUUUAAAAAUGUUUUAUAAUUAUUUUAAAAAAUUUUUAAAUAAAAAUUUUUUUUUUUAAU